AUGAGCGGUCACAGACGCACAAGCCUUCUGGCGGCUGUCCUCCUAUUCGCAUACGAGUUCAGGGAAGCUCGGGCUGCCGAUAGCUUGCCUUCUUCCUGGACGCAAGGCAUCGCCACCAACUAUGGAGGCUAUCAAGACGGCAUGGAUCCCUACCAGUACAGCUAUGGCACUAGCAUCGGAUCAUGCGGCUAUGGGAAGCUGGACAAGAGCAAGUACCCCUACUGGAGCGUGGGGGCUCUCUCCACCUCCAACCACUUCUAUCAGGAGGGCCCAGUCAAGGGCUGCGGGCAGUGCUUUGAGGUGGAGUGCUUGCAAAACAACGGCCAGUUUGCGGGGCGCUGCAACUCGGACUCCAAUGCACGCAGCGUGACCAUCAUGAUCACUGACAGCUGCCCAGAGUGCGAAGCAGACCACCUCGACAUCCAGGCGCUGACAUUCAACAAGAUGGCGCCGAUGAGUCUUGGGCGCAUCGACAUCCGAUACCGGCGCGUGGAGUGCACUGUGCCUCAGGACCUCAACGUCAUCAUCGACGAGAACCGCGGCGCCGGCGGCUGGAUACGGCUGCAGGUCAAGGAUGCUGCCGGGCGAGGGGCGGUGAAGCUGGUGCAGGUCAAGGGUUCCAACAGCGACUGGCAGAGCAUGAACAACGUCUGGGGCGCUUCCUGGGAGUCAACUUCCAUCCCUCAGCCGCCGCUGGACUUCCGAAUCCAAGAUGAUGCCGGCGUGGAGGUGACGGCGUUUGGAGUGGUCACAGCAAACGGCGAGACCGGUAUUCUGCCGACCGGGAUCAACUUCCAAUUCAGCGGCGGCUCUCCUUCCUCAUCGCCAUCGUCCUCAAGUUCUUCAUCUUCAUCUUCAUCUUCAUCUUCAUCUUCAUCUUCAUCAAGCAGCAGCAGCAGCAGCAGCAGCAGCAGCUCUGGCAACUUCUCUUCAAGCGUCCCUAAGGUUUCAGCUUAUGAGGGUCCCCCCGGCAGUGCGCCCACUCCCUCAUCUGGCGGUGGCGGUUCCCCCUGCGUGACUGCCUACUCUGGCAGCAGCAGCCAGGCCAGCGGCAGCAACUGCGGCUCAAAUGGAGGCAGUGGCAGCUCUGCAGCAGCCCCUCCUAAGGGGUCAUCUGGGGGACCACCGCCGCCGUACUGGUGGCAGCCGCCGCCCGCAUCGUCGCCCCCUCCAUUAUCAUCCACCCCCUCCUCCAGCGGCGAGACUCCCCCUGCGUCCAAUUUUGGCAGCCCCAGCGGUUCCCCCCCUACCGGCAAGGGGUCGUCCCCCCCUCCGCCACCGCCGCCACCGCCGCCGCCACCGCCAAAGCAGAACUCCGGCAAACUGCGCUUUGUUUAA